GGAACAGGCUGUCGAGUGCAACUCACGAUUUCCUAGAGGGCUACACCAGUUAUCACCUGGACGAGUAUGUGGAGAACAUUCUCAAGCAUGUGGAUGGUUUAAAGAAAAAGCUGGAGAAUGGUAUUCAAGUCCUGGAAAUCGGAUGUGGAAGAGGUCGUCUUCUGGAGAAGCUGGCUCUAAUGUUUCCAAAGAGUACGUUCACUGCAACGGAAAAUGCUGAAUUUCUGUUAGAUCAAUUGAAAGCUAAUCUUGGCCACAUUCCUAAUAUUAAAUACGCUGCACUGGAUGUGUGCUGUCCCAGUACACUUCAAGGUCAGCAGUAUGACUGGGUAUUUUGCAUCAAUGUCAUCCACGAUGUACCAAGUCCACCAAAUGCUUAUAGGAAUAUCAAGAAAUUCAUGAAAGAUCAGGGAGGUACCUUUACAAUGGUCGAUCCGGCCUCAUCAGGUAGUCCUAUUAGUGACAAGGGAAACUUACUUGUUGCUUCUCUGUAUGCAAUUAGUUCUUUCUUCUGUGUCGCUGAGAGCUACAUCAACGAACACAGCCAUGCCAUGGGUAUGUGCUAUGGAGAAAAACGAGCCGUCGAUUUUCUAACGGCCGCUGGAUUCAGUGUGGAAGUUGUUCGUUUUGACUACCCUAUGGCACUUUUUGUCUGUAAGUGA